AACCCACUUUAUCGGAUUUGCUCCAUGACUCAUGGCACUACUGCCUCACAGCCUAACGGGAUACAUACAUUGCUGCUGAAGUACAAGGCAGAGAAUGUAUGUGUUGGGGCUGUUCAUAGAGCGAGGGGUGCGUAAACUCAAGGUAGUGACAUGUGGACUGUGUCUACUGUUGUUCCUGGGGGCAAGUAGAGGUCAGGACGACCACCAUGUACUUCGACUACACAAUGACCUCAUCAGAAACAACAACCCAAAUGUCAGACCAGUCAAGAACAGCAGUGACACUAUCACGAUCUCUUUAGAACUUCACCUUCUCAGCAUGUCCGACUUUGAUGAAGUUACUCAAACAGUGACAGCUAACGGGUUUUUCUUAGUUUCCUGGAAAGAUGAAUUUCUAACCUGGAACGCCAGCGAGUAUGGAGGAGUCAGUGAAAUAAAUCCUGACUAUGGGAAGGUUUGGAGACCUUACAUCACAAUUCGCAACCAAGUGGUUAAUGUUAAACCUUUAGGACUCGACUUUGGUGUCAUUAAAGUUACCGCCCAAGGAACUGUGACUUGGGCACCUGGCGAUACCUUCAAGACUUUCUGCCAAAUGGAUGUUACCAACUUUCCUUUGGAUGAACAAGAGUGUAUAUAUAUGACGUCUGAUUGGAAAAAUGGUCUGAAAGAAGUUGAUUUAAGACCGAUUAAUAACUCUAUAGGAUUAGAUUUAUUUAACUCUAACGGCCAGUGGGAUAUCACUAACACAUCUGCUUCAAGAAUUGUCCUUGAAAACAGUGGCAGAUGUAUUCCGUUUGUAUACUACAAAAUGAGCCUGAAGAGAAAGCCAUCUUUGGCGAUUCUGACAACUCUCCUGCCUGUCCUGGUGCUGGGAUUAGUGAAUGUGGUGGUGUUCCUCAUUCCUGUGGAGUCUGGCGAGAAGGUGUCCUUUGCCAUCACAGUGUUGCUAUCUUUCACUGUAUCCCUAUCCUUCGUCACUGGACUGCUGCCACAGAAUGGUGACUCGUUACCUAUGUUUACUAUCUUUCUUGUUGGCCUGUUUAUUAUGAGCUCUCUCUACGUGUUCCUGACCAUCUGGAUUGUGCAAGUGUUCCAUCGAGACGAAGCCAUCAGACCUGUUCCAUCGUGGAUGGGACGUAUGACAAGGUCCUGGGAGAGAUGCAUCUUUGGCACUCCUGCUGUUGGUACGGUGAUCCUGUCACUGGACAAGAAGUCGAAUGAAUCAUGGAAUCCACCACCAAUGACCUGGAAGCGAGUCAGCACAAUGAUGAGCAGGAUUUUCUUCUUUUUGUUUUUCAUGCUGUUCAUCAUAGCGACAGUGUGUGGUUUUCUGAAGAUAUCUUAUUUCUGAUGUAACGAAAACGACGAUUCCUGUAAAUAUUAACUGUCUGACCAUAGCAACCUAAGGACACAGAGAGAAUACUAUAGUGUAACAUUUAAUGAUUUGAAUGCCAAUUAGUGGGGAAUAUACAGGUGACUCGCACCAGAUACGGUGAUGCCCACAGUUGUACAGACAGGAGAAGAAUAUUUGUACAAUAUCAGUGUGUGUUGCUGACAACAUUCAAUGACUCUAUUAACAGUUCUGCUGUUUACCUAUUGACCUGGCAGUCGUCCAGUUCAUACUAUCAUUCUUAUAUUUCUGUCCUAGUAUUAAGGCAUAGAUGUUAUUAUAUUUGUUUGUUGAUGGUUGUUUCAAACGUUAUUUCUUCUGAAGUAUCACACGUAUGGCAAGGGUAUGUGUGUCCUUUUGCCAAACGUUAUUAUAUGUUUAUGGUAGUUCAAUAAUAGAAGAAGCUCUGCUGUUGAUGAAUAUAUGUGUCAGUGGGAGUACGGGGGUCUCGGUUCGGUAGAAUAACAGUUGGAGUGGCGUAUCCAUGUUCAGGACAUACAUCAGUUUAAUGUAUUCAUUACACAAUAAAGCCUCUUUAUUGAAACGUU